CGCGGCUGCGGCUGACCGACGCGUGUGAGUUCUGGAGCUGCAGCGUCCCUUUGGAGAAGCUGGACGGGCAGAAGGAGCCCGGCUCUCCGGCUGACUCCCUCUCCAGACUGCGAGAAAUCUUGCAGGGCCAGACGCCCACCCUCAGCCUCCACGACGGCAAGGCCAUGCUGCAGGUCCAGGACGGCGGGCAAAGCGUGACCUUCGACCUCUACAAAGCCUCGCUCCCCGAGGCCAGGAGGCAGCUCCAGGACCUCACCUUCGGCCUGGUGGAGCAGGUGCAGACGCUGGAGAAACACCUGGAAGAGAGCGCGGCGGCCGCUGCCACCUCCGUGGCCCUCAGGAGCCCUGGGAAGAAGAUCUUGCCAAGCCAGACUCUCUUGGAAGCAGACCUCAGUCCGCAGAAGCGCAGAGGAGGGGCCAGUCCGAGUAAGAAACGGCUGCCUGGAGAGUCCCUGAUUAAUCCUGGAUUCCGAAGCAAGAAGAUCCCGACAGGGGUAGAUUUUGAAGAUGCCUGAAUUGUUUUCCAAUCAAAGGGCAAGAAACUGCUUCAUGGAUGUUUUAAAAAGUAUUUAAGCAUGACAUGUAAAAAGUAUUUUUUAUAUGUACAGGCAGUCCCCAGGUUAAGAACGC